AACGCAACCUGCAACAUCCGGGUAUUUUCCGAGUCCAGUGUUUGGUUUAGCUAGUUUGCAGGCUGUCAAAUUCAAGUGAAUAGGCUGGGGCUUGACACUAAUUUGGCCAUAACAGCUCCGGCCUACAACUUCAAAGGAGGGACAUUUUCAUUAUACUUUACGUCGCCAAAUGAUAAAGUAAUGCAUCCCUGGUUUAGUCAGAACAGGGAGUUCCGCACUUUCACAAAUUGAUGCACAGAGGUGAUUGCUAGCUAGCUAACGUUACCCGCAAACUCCCUCCAUCUCGUCGGUGUUUCUGGUGCGGUCACAGCACCUCUGCUCUGUCUUUACAACUUCAAAACAGGUCUCGCAGAUUUAGGUUUUAAGAGAUACAAUGGGGGCGUUUUUGGACAAGCCAAAGAUGGAGAAGCACAAUGCUCAUGGUGAGGGGAACAGUCUGACCUAUGGCCUGAGCAGCAUGCAGGGCUGGAGGGUGGAGAUGGAGGAUGCGCACACGGCAGUCAUUGGCCUGCCUCAUGGGCUCGACCCUUGGUCCUUCUUUGCUGUCUAUGAUGGGCAUGCUGGCUCCCAGGUGGCCAAAUACUGCUGUGAGCACCUGCUGGAGCACAUCACCAGCAACCCAGACUUCCAGAGCUCUCUGGAGCCCAACGUAGAGAGUGUGAAGACCGGCAUCCGCACAGGUUUCCUGCAGAUUGAUGAGCACAUGCGGAACAUCUCAGAGAAGAAGCACGGUGUGGACCGCAGUGGCUCAACUGCUGUGGGGGUCAUGAUUUCCCCGGGCCACAUCUACUUCAUCAACUGUGGAGACUCCCGGGGUCUUCUGAGCCGUGGAGGAGCUGUGCACUUCUUCACACAGGACCACAAGCCCAGCAACCCACUGGAGAAGGAGAGGAUUCAGAACGCCGGAGGCUCUGUCAUGAUCCAGAGAGUAAACGGCUCUCUGGCUGUGUCCCGUGCCCUGGGAGACUUCGACUACAAGUGUGUGCAUGGCAAGGGCCCCACGGAGCAGCUGGUUUCACCAGAGCCUGAGGUGUAUGCCAUUGAAAGGUCUGCGGUGGAAGAUGAGUUUAUUGUCCUAGCCUGCGAUGGCAUCUGGGAUGUUAUGGCCAAUGAAGAACUGUGUGACUUUGUCAGGUCCAGGCUAGAGGUGACCGAUGACCUUGAGAGAGUCUGCAAUGAAAUUGUUGACACUUGCUUAUACAAGGGGAGUCGGGACAAUAUGAGCGUUGUGCUGAUCUGCCUCCCAGGGGCUCCAAAGGUGACUGCAGAUGCCGUGAAAAGGGAAGCGGAGCUGGAUAAGUACCUGGAGAGCAGAGUAGAAGAGAUCAUAAAGAAGCAGGGAAACGAAGGGGUUCCAGACUUGGUCCACGUAAUGCGGACGUUAGCAUCAGAGAGCAUCCCUAACCUCCCUCGUGGUGGUGAGCUGGCCAGCAAACGAAAUGUUGUUGAAGCAGUGUACAACAAACUCAACCCAUACCGAAGUGACGACACAGACAUCCUCUUCUUCCGGGGUUUCAGCUAAAACAGGACCUAAACCGAUGAUCUCCACCCACCUUUUCCCCUGAGUGUUUGCUGUUGUCUAUUGUCAGAUCCUGAAGUGUUUUAACUAUUAUUUUCUCACACAUAUUUUAUGACUUUGAAUACACCGGCCCCCUUCCUGCCAAAGAGGCUGAGAAUAGUCUGAGAAUCCAUCAGUGAAUCCUCUCCUGUCUGAAUCGAUCACAUAACAUAAUUCCAACCAAUAGGGCUCUAUCCUGAAUUGAGAUUAAUUGGUGCAACCUCUGGUGGUAAUGGCAGAUUUUCACCAUCAUCAGGGGUUUGUGUGCUCACCUCAAGUCAGAGUAUGGCCCAUUGUAAAUUGUGUUCUUGCUGUCUUCCCACUGUGUGUGACGAGUGCGUCAGCUUGGAAAAGGCCAAGACAUUCUAUGUCAUCUCUGGGAUGUUUGACUAAAUAGGAAUGUGGUUAUUCAACAGGAGUCUGGCCUCUUACAGGUUUUAUCUGCUCACUAAAUACAAGAGCAUUAUCAUGGCAACCCAAAGGCCUUUGGCUGUUGCAGACAUAGUGCCCUAUCAUGUCAGGCUAGCUUCUAAACCACAAGACUUGCCAACAGUCUAAAUGGUUCUCUCUUUAUGAUGUACUGUAUUUUGACGAGUGCUUGUAAUGUUUAUUUCAAUGUGUUUGGGUAAAGAACAUCUUGACCAUGUGUCCUGAGCCAGUGUAAAAAAAGAGAUUAGGAAGAGGGCUUCCUCAGACUUGGAACCACACAUAUAACACGCUCAGUGAUUCUCUGUUUGAUGUUUAGUGCCCAACACCUUGUCCAGAGCGACAUUAAUAAACUCGUGAGCAGAUGACA